AUGCCUCGGAAUGGAUCUGAUAUACGAAGCCGAACCAAGCAACGAAAACGGAUAAUGCACUUUGGAACAUGGAACUUACAAGGUAUCUCCAGAAAAAUGGACGAAGUACUAUAUGGGAUAAAUAAAUUAGAAAUUGACCUAGCAGUAUUAACUGAAACCAAGAAAAAAAGUCAAGGAUCAGAGAACUUAGGAAUGUAUGAUUACUUUUAUAGCGGCGUUCCAAAAGAAAAGAGAGCGGGCCAGGGAGUGGCUAUUUUGAUACAUCGGAAAUAUAGAAAAUACAUUACAACCUGGGAAGGAAUCAGCGAAAGAAUUAUUAAGAUUAAUAUGAAUAUUCGAGGAUAUAGAUUAACAAUCAUUGGAGUAUACGCAGUAAAUGAUGAUUCACCAACAGCUUCAAAAGAUACAUUCUUCCAACAGUUGAAUGAUGAGAUUAUAAAAACCGGAAAAAACGAGAGAAAUAUUUUUGUUGGGGGACUUAAAUAG